UUUGGGUUUUAACAUUUACACCAAGAAGGAUAAGGAUUUAAAGACAUGCUCAAUAUACAAUGGGGGCAGCAGUAAAAAGGUGCUGUAAUUUAAAAGAGACAUUAAGAACGUUAAGUCUUAUCUACGGUGUUUUUUAAGGGGCGUGAAUGCAGCGCUUCCCAUUGACCAGGCAUCCCUUCCGGUAGAUGAGGUCAACGUUUCCCUAGAUCCGCCAUUUCAGUCCUGGAGUUUCUUGUUGCACAUUAGUUUUGAAUAUUUUUUGUCAUUUUAACGUUUAAGCAGUAGAAAAAUAGGGGUUUGUGGUGCAACAUUAACCCAGUCAACUUAAACGCCUCGACAUUCUUUGGUGGAAGUUGCUAAAGUCUUGGCAUUAUACUGUUUUUGUUUUUUUCAGCGGCAGCGUUAGUCAACUAAAGUUUUUGUAUGAGUUGCGGAUAGGGAGAGGCGAAGGGGAAAGGCCUCAAGCCUCGGACAGGAUUUCACAGCCAUGGCCGGUAAUUUUGAUGCUGAAGACCGUGCUAGCUGGUACUGGGGAAGGCUAAGUCGCCAGGAGGCGGUUUCUCUUUUACAGGGACAGAGACAUGGUGUUUUCCUGGUGAGGGACUCAAUAACCAGCCCCGGUGACUACGUGCUGUCCGUUUCAGAGAACUCCAAAGUGUCCCAUUAUAUAAUCAACAGCAUCAGUAACAACCGGCAAUCUGGCUCAGGUUUGGUUCCUCCUCGGUUUCGGAUUGGGGAUCAGGAGUUUGAGGCGCUGCCGGCCCUGCUUGAGUUUUAUAAGAUCCACUACCUGGACACCACUACACUUAUAGAGCCCGUAAGCAAGGCCAAGCACACAGGUUUCAUCAGCUCCUCUGUUGGAGUGCCGCAGCAGCCCGAGGAGGCUGAGUUUGUCCGGGCGCUGUUUGACUUCCCGGGCAACGAUGAGGAGGACCUCCCCUUCCGCACCGGUGACAUUCUGCGUGUGCUGGAGAAGCCUGAGGAGCAGUGGUGGAACGCUGCAAACCAGGAGGGCCGAGCCGGAAUGAUCCCCGUGCCCUACGUAGAGAAGUACCGGCCUGCCUCGCCCACUGCUGCGGGCUUGGGUCCCCCUGUUGUGGGGGCUGGACAGGGGGGGCAAAUUGGAGGGGUAGCGGGCGGCACAGACGGAACAGGGGCCGCACCGCCAAACCCUCUGGCGGACCCAGGCCAGUACGCUCAGCCAGUAGUCAACACUCAGCUUCCCAACCUACAGAACGGGCCUGUGUAUGCCCGAGCCAUUCAGAAGAGGGUGCCCAACGCCUACGACAAGACGGCGCUUGCUCUGGAGGUGGGAGAUAUGGUAAAAGUGACCAAGAUCAACGUGAACGGCCAGUGGGAGGGCGAGUGCAAGGGCAAGCGAGGCCACUUUCCCUUCACCCACGUCCGACUGUUGGAACAACACCAUCCUGACGACGAGAGCUGAGACACACACACGCACUCCCAUCACCUGCGCACAUCCCUUCUCUUUUGGCCACUUCAUCAUGCUCAGAAAGAAAAACAUAUUUAUACAAGCACACAGCACAUGAACCUAUGAGCUAAACCCACACGACACGUGUCGGGUGAUCUUGCCUAAUGUCAUUUUGGUGGACAUCGGUCAUACUAAGGGUUUACACUAAGGUCAGACUGAUAUCGGUUUGCCUAUAUUAAGCUUAAGUCAGCAUUACCCAAAACUAGUGUUGCCUUCCUCCAUGACCACAGCCUCAAAAAAAAAUCCCAAAAGCCUGCAGUGAAAUAUUUCCAUCAAGUAGACAGCGACAUAUAGUUGUUUAAUAUUUAUUGGUGUCAAACUUGCAAAUUAACACACUUGUGUGUUGUCUUACCCAGAAUCAUGGGAAGAUCAGUUAUCAGUUUUAUCUCCAGUGUAACUCAUACAGAGAGAGGUAUGUUUAGUCUAGCUUAGCUCCACCACUAGAAACAAGGGUAAACAGUAACCUAGCAAAGUCAAAAGAGAAAACAAGUCAACUUUCAGUAACUUCAGUUUUAUUUACAGCUUUCACACCUAACCUGCUCGGUGUUUAGUUCAGAUGAGCUACUUCUUUUAGCUCGCUCGGCUUUUGGCGGGUGUCAGUCGAAUUGUGGAUCGUAAUGUUACAGCACAAGACACUUCUUUAUUGUCUUGUUUCUACCUACUAGGGAUUAUUUAUCACACACAAGGUUCAGUUGCAGUCUUGACUAAUAAUUCCUACAACCAUUUAUUUCACCAUGAGCAUUACCUGUCAGUCCAUAUCAUUUAAUGUUUACAACUUUUUGCUCCUUUAUAAUAAGUAAUGUGAACAGGAAAUAGAAGGAUUAAGAACUACAAGGCAAUGAUGUUUUUUUCCCUUUGGUCUGGACCGAUUGAACCAAACUAAAGACCAGUUAGAUUGUUACAAGUCAAAAACAAAUGAAAAUGAUCAAAUGAAGAGUUUUAAUAUCAACAAGUAUGUGAGUUUCAGACAGUUUCAGUCCACAGUGAGCACAGUAUCAGGCACCAGUUACCGAUAUCAGUCAAACCCUAGUUUACACACCUUCAGCCCAGUAUUGAAAUCUGCACUGCACAAGCAGAAAUCAGCCUACUCCCUUCCUGCCGUAAUCUGUGUAUCCCCACCCACUUCAAUUCAUUCAUACACAGAAGGGAAAAAUAAUCGAUUGCACACAGGAGACGAAACACUCGGCUUCUCUCACAGAAUCAUGAAUCAGUGAGUUUUUGUAGACUGUGAACCUCAGAGCGAAACGAGCAAAGACUUUUCCUGAUCCCUCCGUCUCAUGGAGAAGAACGGUCCUCCUCGCAAAGACGACUUCACCGACUUAUUACAUACUACCCACACUACAAACCAAGUCCUCUUUUUUUUGUACUAAAAGUGGAAAAUAUUAUGAUAGAAUUGACUAUAUAUAUAUAUAUAUAUGUAUGUAUAUAUAUAUAUAUAUAUAUAUACACACACACACACACCUUACAUUGCUAAAUACUGUAAACAUUUUGUUUCCUUUCCUACAUUUGAUUUUCUUUUACUUUUUGUUACCAGAGACUGUACGCCUGUUAUUUUAUGUUCCUCUUUUAAAACACUAUUCAGUGCCAACAUGGAUGACUUCAAAUGCAGCAGUGUGAGAGAACAAAAUAAUCACCCUGUCGCAGAGGACAGACGGAUCCCCCGAGGCCGUUUUAGAAGAUGAGAAGAGAAAGGUUGAGGGAUUUUAUUUUUGUCUUCCAGCAGGGUUUUUUAUAACAUUAUCAGUUGCAAAUGUUUUUAAGAGGAAAAAAAAAAAUCCACCCUAACACUAGUGCUUCUGCAUUUUUUUAAUGUGCCGGUAAAACAGAGAAUACGUCACUUGGUCAUUUCUUGUGCCACCAAGGUGCUGUGACUGAUAC